AUGUCGGCGGCACGGAACCGUGAGCCACGGGCUUCACCACCAGUUCAUGGGCCAUCGCGAUACUAUCCGGCGCCGCCACCGUAUCCUCCUGAACCGUCGAAUGAUACUCCCCGGCCGCCCCAGAACCCAAGGACGGCAUCAGCCGAAUCCUCCAAUGUGCCGGCGGCGGAUCUUGAGAACAGUCCAGUCGGAGGACCCCGGUUUGUUAUUAGUAUUGAUUACGGCACGACGUACACUGGAGCCGCUUGGGCCGUGGUAACCAACGAGCAGCCGGCACUGGACGACAUCAACGUCGUCCAGACCUGGCCCGGCGGCAACGAUCCCAAGGUGCCGUCGCUUUUCACCUACUCGGAAGUGCAGGGGAACAGGCGUUGGGGUUUCGAGAUUGACCACAAUGCCAACGUUAUCAAGUUGACAAAGCUCAAGCUUCAGAAGCACAGCCGUCUCGAAUCGCUGGAAGAACUGAGUGACUACUUAGACGAAGUGGCAGACCAGCAGCCCGGCUCGCGACCGGCGACACACCUGCUAAAGACAUCGACCGAGACAAUACUGGAUUAUCUGACCGAGGUUGCCAAACGGGUUCGUCAGGACAUUGAAGGGCGGAGGGACCCGGACAUCCUGAAGCACACGCCCAUCGAUCUGAUUAUUACACAUCCGGGAAAAUGGGACGCCAAGGCGAGGAACGCGAGCUUCCGCGCCGCCGCCGAGGCUUUCCGACGUGCAAUGCCAGAUUCUCCUAACCGAUCUUGGUCGUUCAGAUUAGCAACUGAGCCGGAAGCGUGCGCCCAGUACACGAUGCGAGAUUCUGAACACGCUAUUCAUAGGCUCAGAAGGGGAGAGUGCUUCGUUGUAGUGGAUGCGGGUGGUGGAACGGUGGACCUGGUGUCGUACGAGGUCGUAAGCGUGGAGCCCAACUUCCAAGUCAAGAUGGCAACCGAAGUGUCCAGUGCUCAGUGCGGAGCAUCUUGCAUAGACACGUACUUCCUCGAGAGGUUUCUCCCCGAGCAGCUCGGAGAAGUAGAACACGACAAACUUCUAGCAUACAGCAACGACGGCGUCACCAUUCGCGGCGGAUCACAUGUGAUUCUGACGCAGGGCGAGCAGCAGAUGCUAGAGCGGUUCCAGAACAUCAAGCACAACUUUGUCGGCCGCGAUGAAAACGGCCAGGAACCUCCACCCAAUAAUAUCCCGUUGCCCUAUGGGGUCGGAGAGCAAGAUGAUCUUGAAAGAGGCAUUAGGAACGGCUCACUCGUGAUAACAUGUGAUCAGAUGGAACAAAUGUUCUACAAGUCAGUCAAUGGAACUAUCGAUCUCAUUGGACAGCAACUUGGGCAACUUGUGGGCAGACAACGGGUUCAGAGCGCCGCAUCCGGUCACGGAAUCGCGGUUCUCCACGGUAGCGAUAGUUGGACAGCCGUAGCAAAGGGGGCCAUUAUGAUGGGGCUCCAGCUUGGCUACAUGUGGCCGCCUCACUCUGAGUACCACCUCUGCCCUUACCACAUCGGCAUUGUCGUAGCCGAGGACUUUGCAGUCUACGCGCACCAGCCAGAACAGAGAUACACGGACUCGUUCGAUGGCAAGGCACGGGCCAGAGACAAUAUCAAAUGGCUCAUUGCCAGGGGUGACGUCGUCGAAGGUAGUAUACCAACGAUCAGAACUAUAAGGCUGGUGACACGAAUGAGCCACGCUGGCCGCAGGCCCGGCUCAGUCACCAUUGUCCUGUCUCCGGACGAGAGACCUGGCGGUCCGCCUCGUCAGCUCUCGCGGUGCACCGACCUGCGCCGCUCAUCCCUCGACUACGACUUCUCACGGCUUCCUUCGAGCCAAUCUGAGCUGCUGUGGACCUCGGCUCAGAAGCAAAGUGCCAAAGGCUCUAUGUACUCCUUCAUGACAAUGUAG